AUGGCUGCUACAAGAGGAACCGUCAAUCCAGAUCGUGCGCUAGCACAGCGUCAAUCUGCUCACCAUGAGACGCAAUCCACCCAGCAAGCCACCCAACAAGCUACUCAGCAAGCCACUCAACAAGAUGAGCCUGAACUCGACGAGGUCGAGGUUGCUGAUGUCGUCUGCAUUCUCCAUCCAUGCUCGCUUGCUGCUUAUCAGGUUGUUGUCAAUACAGCACUGAGAGCCCCUCAACACGUACUGCAGAAUGUGACCCCCAGCACCUACAGUGACGGUCUAAGCAUGGCAGAUCUUGAGAAAGAAGAGACUUUUCCAGCGCCUGGAGAGGACCAGAGACAUCCUCUGGAUCUAGCUCUGCGUAUGUCUGCCAAGGUCUACAACCCCGUCAUGGGCUUCGUCUUCGGUCGCAAUCCAAAUGCUUGCGACAUUGUUAUUGAUACCGACACUGUCAAAAGAGUCAGCAACAUGCAUUUUAGGAUUUACAUGACUGAUGCUGGUGUUUGCAUGCUACACGACAUGUCCACCAACGGCACCAUAGUCGAUGGCAAGCUUUUGAGAGGCAGGGGCAGUAACAAUGCCGCCACCAUGAUGCUUACCGCAGGCUCUGUUAUUCAGAUUCUGUCGACAAAAAGAGACGAGAGCCUGAAGUUCAUCUUUCGCAUUCCCUCACGAGACAACCAUUACGAAGAAUAUGGUAGAAGAUUCGCCGCCUACUUGCAUCAAGUUAGCCUUGCAAAAGAGAAACAAGAUCAAACCGGCCAGACUCAAGGCACGCGACCUGCGAAAGCCCAUUCAAAGACAGCACCUAACGUGAAACCUAUGCUGCUGCAAGGAAACCCUUUUGGUAUGCAUUGGAGUGGCGGCGACAAGUACAACGUCACUGGCCAUCUUGGAAAGGGCGCUUUCGCUACCGUAUAUCGGCUCAACAGCAAGAGUAACGGUCAGAUGUUCGCAGCAAAAGAGCUGGAGAAGAGGAGGUUUAUGAAGAACGGUGUCAUCGACAAAAAGCUCGACAACGAAUUGCGUAUCAUGAAGGGCAUCAGUCACCCGCACGUUGUGCAAUAUAUCGAUUGCCACGACGUGAAAAACCAUCUUUACAUCAUCAUGGAAUUGGUGCCUUUCGGCGAUCUGCAGCAGUGGCUUGGGACAAAUGGUCCUCUGCCCGAAGCUCUUGCGAAACCAAUGGCGAUUCAGGUCUUCGAUGCGCUGGCGUACCUACAUCGCAACAUGAUCACUCAUCGCGACAUAAAGCCGGACAACAUCCUCAUAGCCGACACCAAUCCUCAAUCUUUCAAAGUCAAGCUUUCCGACUUUGGACUCUCGAAGGUCAUCUCUGACAAUGAGACGUUUCUGAAAACCUUCUGUGGCACGUUGCUCUACUGUGCACCAGAAGUCUUCCCUCAUUAUGAUACCCACUUCAAUGUUCAAGGACGCAAGCGUGAUCGCAAAGGUGCUUCACAGCAACGAGGAAAAUAUCACUCUUACAGUUCGUCUGUCGACAUAUGGUCGUUUGGUGGAGUACUCUGGUAUGCCAUGAGCACGAAGCCACCGUUCGAAGGUAUUGCAGACAACACUGGCAGGGCCAUGUUCGAACGAAUCGUCAGUACCAGCCUCGACACGACCGUCCUCGAAAAGCAUCAUGUCUCCGACUACGCUAUAGAUUUGUUGGAAGACAUGCUUAACACUGAUCCUGCUGUCAGACCGUCUGCGUUGCAAUGCCUCUCAUAUCCUUGGCUAGGUGGAGACGCAAGUCAGAUCGAGGACGAGCCCCAAUCGGGCCUUCUGACGAUUGAAGAAGAGGACACAGAAGCAGGUGCGGCUCACGAUCUGUCUCAAUUGAGCAUUCACGGAAGGUGGAGCGGGACGAAGGGGGUGGGCGUGGAUUCCGGCGACUCGGACAUGCUGGACCCUCGACAGUCAAAACGUUUCAAAAGUGGACAGAUUGUCUCUCAAGCGGAUGCACCUCCACCACAGGCAACUCAAUUUCUGGGUCCAUCGAAUGCUGGCGAGGAACAUGGCAUCGAAGAGCUUCCGGUGAACCAGCAACCUCCACGUCUCUUCGGCGAGGUCCAAUCCUCGUUAGUAAGAAGUUCAGUCCUGCCAGAGGCUCAGAAUGUGCAGAAUGAGUUGUUCACAUCUGCUGCCAGCCACCAACCAGAAGACCAACUGGAGGGCGUCAGAAGGAGAGCCUUAUCUCAGAGCGAUCCGCAUGCCUCUCACAACUUCGCGAGUCUGGUGGGAGCUGAAUCAGACUUGCGAGACCUUAAUAUGCACUCCUCGCAAUCAGCGUUCUCGGCAACCGCUGAUGAGAGCGAGCCUACCACUCCUACCACGCCAAAUGACCCACCUCAGGCGUCCGCAGGCCAGACUGGUGGGAGUAUGGAAGAAACACCUCGUCCACCCCAGCCGGCCGAGAGAAAGAUAUCCUUCAAUCGACAGAUCAGCCUUCCGCUUUCUGCAUCAUCCUUUUAUGACCCGACAGAUCCUAGCACGCAUUCUCUCGAGUAUGCUUCCUCUGUCAGCGGUCAUGAUUUUACUAGUCACAGCCUUUUACCUGGAGCGAGUUUCCAUUCGCUACCGCCGACAACUGCCAACUCUGGUGUUGGCUUCGAAUAUGAUCGACCACUGCAUACAGUUGCACAGACGCAACCCGAGUUCAUUCGCCCUGCACCCCGCUUGGGCCGUCUGACAACGACCCCCGACUCAUUCUGUGCCGUGACACUUGAUCUCGCCUCUCGCAUCACGACAUGGGGUCGGAGUCCUUUGAACACUGUCAUCUUUCCAGAUCCGUUAGACACUCGUGUACCCAAGCGCGGCAUCAUGAUUUAUUUCCAUGCCAAAGGCAUCGAAAAGAUCGAGAGGACUGGUGGUGACUGGACGAAGCUGCCUGACUUGCAUUGCUUGAUUGCCACGGAUAGUAGCAAUGGAGUUUUCGUCAACGGUGUCAAGCUCAAUGCCAAGGGCGCAGAGGGCAAGCAGCUCUACGGUAGAGUCUACACUGGCGAUGAAGUGACGGUCUGUCAAGGACACACCAAAGCGAACCUGUUGAAGUUCACUUGCGUCUUCAACCAUGGAGAGGCGAAGGCACGACGACAGUCCGAUCGACCAGGAUUUGAGAUUGAGAAGAUGGGCCACGAAUAA